AUGGCAACAACUAUAAAAAAUGCUAUCACAAACCCAAACAUGAACAAAAACAAUCAACCACCAAAAAACAACAUUAACACCCCACCAAUCAACGAAAUUGCAAAUUCCAAUCGCAAUAAUAACCCACUUCAAAAUAGUGGUUCAAAAGCUACACUAAAUGAAUCACUUGAUAUUACCAAUCAAUCCCAAAACAAUAAUGAAAUAUCACACAAAAGAUUCACUGAAAACCCAAACAAUCAACACAAUUCCUACCAAAAAGCUGUUGACACACUACAACUACUUAUAUCAAAACUUCCACCUCGUCCAACAAUCUCAAUACUCACUGAACUCAAUUCAUCACCAUUACAACUUAAACAUGAUUUUCCCGAUCACAUCAUCUCUGUCACCAAACGAGGAAAUGGUGUAAUCAUCAUUAACCAUAACCCAAACUCACUCAAACUCAAACACAUAUCAACAAUUGAUGGUAGAGCUAUUUUAGCAGACGUUAUAUUUCCAAAUCAAUUACCAAUUGGUAUUCUUGGAAUUUACGCACCAGUAUCAAAUAAUACCAUCAAAAAGAAUUCAUAUGCAACUUCACUACAAACACUUCUCCACAACCACUCAACAAACCCAAUACCAAACCAAUCCCAACAUGUAUCUAUUAUCUCAGGAGAUUUCAACUGUAUCCACAACGACAAUUCACUAUUAGAUGAUAUUAUCCAAUCCUACACAUACCAACACCAUCUAAUUGAUCAAGGUGAAUUUAAAAACACUCCAACUCAUACACAUGGUAACAGAUUAGAUAGAAUAUAUACUCAAUACAAUAGAAUAGACCCUGAAAAUAUAUAUACUCAAGUCCACCAAAUUCCAUCUUCAUUAUCAGAUCAUAAUCCAAUAUCAACAACAAUUUCUUCACCUUUUCAAAUAAAUAAACAUAAGAAAAGAUGGAUAUUAUCACCUGGUACUAUAAAUGACCAUGAAGCAAUCAAUAUUAUCAAUCAUUUAAUAACUAAUCACAAUAACACAUCAAUCAAUCAAUUUACAAACUGGUCAAAACUCAUGCUAAACACAUGGUCCAUCAUAAAAAAUGAAUAUUGGAAUGGUUUAGACUCACCAUUUAUACAAGAUGAAGUUGAAGCUGCAAUUAAAACCUGUUACCCCAACAAAUCACCCGGUCCAGAUGGCGUUACAAAUGCAUUCUACAUUAAUCAUUUAAACCAAGUUAAACCAAUUCUCACUGCAUUAUUCAACGAUAUACUAGAAAAUCCUCACCACAUCACAACAGAAUUCACCGAAGGUCUUAUACACACAAUAUACAAGAAAGGCAACCCCUUACUCAUAUCAAAUCGUCGUCCCAUUACACUUCUAAACACUGAUUACAAGAUCCUCUCAAAAGUAAUCAAUGCACGUCUUCUGAGAAUACUUCCUUUCAUCAUCAAUAACAACCAAACUGGUUUCGUACCCCACAGAUUCAUCAUAGACAACAUCAUCAACAUCAAUGAAUUAAUCAACUACCUCAAAUCUAAAAACCUCCCUGGUAUCAUCACACUAUUUGACUUCUUUAAAGCAUUUGAUUCUAUCUCUCACGAUAGUGUAAAACAAGGUGACCCAAUCUCAGCCACUUUAUUUGUAAUUGUAAUUGAAAUAUUAGCAAGAACAAUAAAUGCAGACAAUUCAAUAAUUGGUUUACCAAUUUCACCCAAUCCACAAAUUAAAAUCAAAUUUACCCAAUUUGCAGACGACUCUACAACAUACAACAUCAACUACGAACAACAACAACAAUCAAUCAAACAUUUCGAUAAUUUCUGCGCUUCAACAUCAUCAUCAUUAAAUUUUGACAAAAGUGCAAUAAUAGAAAUCAACCCCCACAAAAUCACUGAUAAACACAUAAUAAACAAUAUUCCACAAUCAAAAAGAAUACCAAUAACCAAAAAAGAUCAAUCAGAAAGAGUCCUUGGCUAUUUCUUUAAUCAUAAUGGUUUACAUAGGAAAUUACCAGAAACAAUGAAAACAUUGAAUAAAUCAUUAGUACUAUGGAAAACUAGUGGCACAACAUUAAAAACAAAAACAACCAUCAUAAACACCUACUCACUAUCACCAAUAACAUAUUUAUCAUACCUUGAAGAAUUUACAAAAGAUGAAGAAAUUCAAAUUAAUAAAUUAAUCUCAUGGUUUAUGAAUUCUCCCGCAAAUUCU